CUGUCGUUGUUUAAUUUGCGAAUCAACGGAUUACUUGUUUCCGGUGUUGACUAAUGAUCCUUAUUAGGAAAAUAUCCUUAAUCCUUCAGUUACGCAAUAGCUUUCACUGAGUAUACUUUGAUAAUAUUUCUAAAGGAUUAAAUAAAAAAUGGACACCGGAAUAAUAUAUGAAUACCAACACAAGAAGUUCGACUUGAUGAGGAAACGAAGUCGGGAAGACAAAUGUAUUUCAACAACAAAUUCUACUUCAUCAAUAACUGAAUUUUCAAUAGAAUCAAUUUUAAACCACAAUCCGCCAAAACGAAGAAAAGUUAAUCAACCAUUACAACUACAAUUAUUACCAACACCAGUUUUUGUACCAGGAUCAAAAUCUGUCUUUUCAUCCAUCCCAUUUUAUUCAACAAAAAUGCUGCUUCCAUUGAAUGGAAUAAUAUUCACCGCUGGUAACAGAAUUACCAUUAAAUCGGAACCACUUGAUUAUUCAGUCAAUACUCAUCAAGAAUCUUCGAUUAAAACCGAACCUCAACCAACAUUAAGUGAAAUCAAGAAUGAGCAGCUAUCGAUAGAAGAAGAACUCAUGGAACUUCAGCAAACCUUAACAAUACCAUCACAAACCUACGAGACUAUUUGUAAAUAUCGAGGCAAUAUGGCACGAAAAUUCCCAAACAAACAAAGAAGCUGCAAGGAACAAUCACGAUUGGAGAAAAACAAUUAUUCAGUUCGAAAAAAUCGAAGAAUUCAAAAAAUCCAACACGUUGCUACCGAAGAGGAAUACAAGUUAUACAAGAAGACGAGUUUACAAAUGGAAGAAUAUGCAAUUAGAGCAGCAGCUUAUUUUAAGGAAUUAAUGAAACUAACGGACAAAAUUAAUUCAGAUGUUAUUGUAAUAGAUUAA